AUGCCGAAACGAGGAAAAACAUUGAAUAGUCAAUGUCGUGAGCUUGUACUAAAGCUACAGGAUUACUUUGAGCGUGAGUCACAAAAUGGCGGCCCUUUGAUUCCUGUCACUCAAGUGAAAAAUCGGGUUUCACAAGCUCUUGGAAUUGGUGCAAAAACACUAUAUAAUAUAAAUAAAGAAAAAUUUGGUGCUUCUGGAAGUGAAGAUAAUAUUUUACGCACUCCUAAGAAAAAACGAAGACAAAAGCCCGUGACAGGUGUUGAUGUUUUUGAUGCAGAUGCAAUAAGAAACCACAUAUAUGGUUAUUAUACUAGGAACGAGUUUCCAACUAGACGUUUGCUUUUGGUCUCUUUAAAAGAAGCUGGCUUGUUUAAAAGCGGUAAAACGGCGUUGUCAAAACUAUUGCACGAAAUUGGGUUUGAAUAUAAAAAAACGAAUAAAAGGAAAAUAUUAAUGGAAAGAUUUGAUUUAAUAAUUAAAAGGAGCGAGUUUUUAAGAGAAGCCAGAAAAAUCGAGUCUUGGGACAACGUCGUUUUUGUUGACGAAACAUGGUUAAAUGCGAACCACACUGUGUCACGCUCUUGGACUGACGAAACAAAAGCAUCAACCUCAAAGGUUCCAAUUGGAAAAGGAUCGCGACUGAUAAUUUGUCACGCCGGUUCUGCUGGAAGUGGUUUCUUUGAAAAUGGACUGCUGGCUUUCGCGUCAAAAAGUACUUCCGAUUACCACGAGGAGAUGGAUACAGACACUUUUACGAAUUGGUUCGAAAAUCAAUUAUUACCCAGCCUGCCAGAGCCUUCUAUCAUAAUAAUGGACAACGCUUCAUAUCACUCGAAACAAGUGAAUAAAGCGCCUACUCAGGCCGACAAGAAUGCUGAUCUCGUAGCAUGGCUAUACCAAAAUGGAAUUGAAACUACUGCCGAAAUGCUAAAGUCUGACUUAGUAAAGUUGGUACGCGAAAAUAAAACAUCAAGAGUCCGUUAUGAAGUAGAUGAGAUAGCUCUAGCACAUGGACAUCGGGUACUUCGAAUUCCGCCCUAUCACUGCCAGUACAAUGUCAUUGAGCUAAUAUGGGCACAAAUCAAAGGUUACGCAGCUCGUAAUAAUACGACUCUGCCAUUCAGUACUAAUAAAAUGAUGGGUCUAUUAAAAGAUGCUUGCAGCAAAAUAACGAAAGAAGAUUGGGUCAAGGUCGUCGAAAAGACUCGAAAACUAAUAACAGAAGAUUAUGAACGCGAUAUAAGAGUGGACACCAUUAUAGAGAAUGAAAUUGUCAUACAAGUGACUGAUAGCGAUGACAGCUCUGGCGAAUCUGGUUCAGAGUCUGAAUAA